CAAAAUUACAUUAUUUCUUAUCUCAUCUCGAAAAAAAAUCCAAAGAAAAUAUCAGAAACUUAAGUUCCCAAUUCUUUUUUCUUUUGAAAUUCUCUCGUUGCAUUUGAUGCAUUUGCCUCUCUUUUAUGUGAUCAUCAUUAAAAGCAAAUCUUGUUAAUGUUCUAAACUAGGCCAGCAGCGUCUCUGCUCCCAAAUAAAUCAACCCACUGGGUUUUACCCGACCCGGAAUUGAUUAUGGAAGAUAAUAGUGUUGGUGGUGCCGGUGAGCCCUCCGGAGUGGUCGCACCCAAGGUGAUGAAGGCUGGUGACCGGCAAGUUUUCACGGUUGAGCUCCGACCAGGAGAGACAACAUAUGUUUCGUGGAGGAAGCUUGUCAAAGACGCCAACCGGGCCCGUGGAUCUUCUGCCGCUUCUGCGUCUGCAGUGGCGGCGCCGGCACCUGAGCUGCCUCCGAAUGCCCACCCUAAUCUCCAGUCUCGCAUCGCUCCUGGACAAACGACUGAAAAAGAAGAAAAAGACGAGCCAGCCCCAAAUCGUUUCAGUGCUGUUAUUGAGAAGAUUGAACGUCUUUACAUGGGUAAAGAUAGCAGUGAUGAGGAAGAACUGGAUGAGACUCCAGAUGAUGAUCAAUAUGAUACAGAAGACUCUUUUAUCGAUGAUGCCGAGCUGGAUGAGUAUUUUGAAGUUGAUAAUUCAGCUAUAAAACAUGAUGGAUUCUUUGUUAAUAGGGGAAAAUUGGAAAAAAUAAAUGAACCUCCUGUAAUACCUAACCAGCAGCCCAAGAAACGGCGAAGAAAAGAGGCUGCAAAACCUCCUAGUGAGAAUGAUGAUGGUCAUGUGUCAAAUAAACAUGCGAAGGCAGCAAAGAUGGUUGCAGGGAGGGCUGAACCAUCUCUGGGGAAGAAUAAUUCUAGUUCUCAGAAUUUUACUGCAGUAGAUGAACAAUACAGGGAUGGAAAAGUUCUGAAUCAAUUAUCAGUUUCUGGUGUUUCUUCCAAGAAGAAAUCUUCUGCGACAAGACUAGCAUUGGAUUCUUCUUCAUAUAUGAAAGAUCCAAAUAGUGACACUUCUGCACCUUUGGCAGAUGUCAAGGAUAUUGAGAAUUUGAAGAUGGGAUUUCUGCAGUCAAAAGGUGUUGUCAGUAACAAAUUGAAAGAUGCAACUGGAUCCUCUGAUGUUUUGCAUCAGAAAUACCAUGAUAAAAGUGAUCUCGCUCAAUCGAAAUCCCAACAUGGAAAACUAAGCAGCAAUGUUGAUAAGCUUGAACAAUCAGUUCGACUGAGAGAAAACAAUGGCAUCCAUGAGUUGCCAGACAUUAAUGUUUCUGAUGGCAUACAUGCUAUGCAUACAGCAAAAUCUCCACACAUGCUGAGAAAGGAUGGUUCUACUCUUAGGCCCAAAAGUUCCGUGCUUGAAAAGGCCAUUAGGGAGCUAGAGAAGAUAGUUGCAGAAUCAAGGCCACCUUCUAUGGAAAAUCAAGAGGCAGAUACUUCAUCCCAGGGGAUUAAGAGGAGAUUGCCUAGAGAAAUAAAGCUCAAGCUUGCUAAAGUUGCUAGAUUAGCGGCAAGCCAGGGGAAAGUUUCCAAGGAGUUACUAAAUCGCCUUAUGAGCAUCCUUGGUCAUUUAAUACAGCUAAGAACACUUAAGAGGAACCUAAAAAUCAUGAUUAAUAUGGGUGUGUCACCAACAGCAAAGCAAGAAAAAGAUGCUAGAUUUCAACAGAUCAAGAAGGAAGCCAUUGAGAUGAUAAAGACAAGAAUUCCUUCUUUUGAGACAAAGAUAUUGGAGCCGCAAGCUAGAGCUACUGAUGAUUUUCAAGAAAUUGGUUCUGAAGAAAGAACGUUUAGAAGAAAAUUUAACAUGGACGCACCGAUGGAGAACAAGAUUUGUGAACUUUAUGACCUCUAUGUUGAUGGAUUAGAUGAAGAUGCUGGUCCGCAAAUCAGAAAGUUUUAUGUAGAGCUUGCACAGCUCUGGCCAGAUGGUAUGAUGAACAACCAUGAGAUUAAACAUGCAAUUUGUAGGGCGAAAGAAAGGCGGAGAGCAAGAUACAAUAGACGCAAGGAUCAAGAGAAAAUGAGGAGGGAAAAGAUGUUGACACUAGGACCGGAGGAGAGUGUUCGAGUGGACUCUGCCUCAAGUGCACAAUCGCAGCACACACGAGAGAGGUCGGGUAGUGAUUCCGGUACUCAAGCUUUACUUUCAACUAAUACAUCGACUUCGCACACAACUGCAGCUGCUGCUGUUCCGGUUCUGAGUCCAACAAAUGAUUCCAGUUUUGACAGAGUAAAACAGGAUAAAUUAAAGGGGAUAUCAAGCAGUGCCAUGGACGAUGAAAUGAAGGUGGCAGUAGCCUCACUGCCAAAGAAAAAGGUAAAAAGGAAACCAGAAAUGCAGUUGGAUGAAUCUCAUAUGCGGCCAGAAAAGUUACCUCCGCAACAGGGCUGCACCGACCGAAACAAGUCCAUCAAAUAGCCUAUGAAUCUUCUUCCGAAAUCAAACCCUCCAGCUAACAUAAACACUCACAUUCUCAGCUUUUUAAUUUUAGUUUUAUUUACAUUGCGGAGAGCUUCAUUGUUUCUGAGUUCCAUUUUUUGUAAUUAAAUAUUUUUCCUCAAUAACUGGUGUUAAAAAGGAGAGCGAAAAGGUUGUAAUAUUCUCCUGCACAUGUAAUUUUCUAGGCUUAGGCAACUCUUCUUUUAGCUUUUACUUUUUUAGAUUUCUCAACUUUACUAGUUUAAAUUUUUAUGUUUUCA